AUGCACGCUGGUAGACUAUUCCACGGACCCACGUUCCUCUCUGCGCUAGAUCUUCCGCCUACGGACCCACGAUUCCCUCAGCCAGUCAUUCUCCAUGCCAUGUGCGCGAUAGGCAGCAUGUAUACAGCUGAUAUUGCGCCGACGCCGGUACAUACUGGCCAAUAUUUCCCUGGUAAGCGAGCCAUCUUUGCUAGAACUACACCGUUAGUGGACACUGACUUGUUGCAAGACGAGGUCUUUACCGGUCGCUGGCUCAAGUUUGCCGCUCGCCCGGACUCGUUCGCUGAGCAGCACAUCAAGUACGCGAAAAUUGAAAUGGAAAACAACAUCGAUUGCGGAGAGUAUCUUGUAGAGAGCAUGCAAGCCCAGGUUCUCAUUACCUGGUGGUACCUGAACCAAGGCAGGUGGUCGGAUGUGAAUUCCCAGGCGUACUUCGCUUCAGGACAGGGCCUCCGGUACGGCAAUGCUCUAGGUCUGAUCAAGACUGGAGCGUUCAAGAUACUGUGGCCUAGAAAACUCGCAUACAAAAAGGAGAAUGAAGUCUUGCCCCGGCCGCUUUCUACGAUAGACGAAGAGACCCGAAGGAAUGCAUUCUGGUUAGCGUAUGCUCUCGAAAGGGGACUGUCUUCCACCAAUCCCCACGCAACAGAAGUUGACGAUACGGACAUUGAUCAAGUGUUACCUCUACGGAGCGACCAGUUCGAUCUCGGCAUUCACGUCGCACUAGAAGACCGGCAGUGGUCGCACGACCGCAACCUACUGCUCAAGCACCCUCCUGAAUGUACGGACAGUUUUGUGCUCUGGCUCAAGACGACGAUGCUGCUCUCGCGCGUAAAGAGCUUCAACGUGCGCUUCAAGGGGCGGUACCAGGCGGGCGAUGCUGCUUACUACUCGCCGACGAGCAGCCCCGCGAGCGGUGAAGCCGAGUACGACCCGCGCGACGCGCCUGUGUUCCAUGACCUGAACCACGCUGUGCUCUCCUUCCGGCGAUCGUUCCCGCCGCAUCUCCGGGAUCCGAUCCAGGAUGGGACGGUCGACCCGCACCUGUACACCGCCUGUGUCGGCGCGCACGUGGCACAGAUUCUGCUGCACGACCCGCACAUGAAUGCCAAGGACCCGGCGUGCCAGUCGCUGAACCAGGUCUCGAAGGGGGCGCGGGCGGUCCUGGAUCUCAUGUACAGUCUGUCGGCGACAAGCUACGACAUCUCCCUCCUCGAUCAACUGACCUUCUUCGCGUGGAUCCUUGCCGGGCGCGUUCUGAUCGAAUUGCUCAAAAUAGCCAUCGACCACAAUAACCUCGAAGAGGUGUUCGCGCGCCACUCGGAGAUCUGCUUCGUUCAUUCGAUGCUAGCCAAAGCCGGCGAGCGCAUGCCCGUCGCCUGUACGUCUCCCCUCUCUCUCGUGAAUCUGCAGCUGAAAUUGACGUACCGCGCAGACCGCUACAAGAAAUUGAUCUACGGCUCGCUCGCGUCUAUCUGCGGCGAGCAGUUCGUCGAGCCGCUCGCCGAGACGUCAUACCAUCGCCCGCGGUACGUGAGCCCGUUCCACUCGGCGUUCGUCGACCCGGCGCCGAGCAUUGCACCGCUCGUCAGCGCGGUCACGAUCACGUAUCCCGCGGAGUCGCCACUGAGGUCAUUCUAA